GCGGGGCCCGCGGCGAGCGGUGUCGUCCGGCCGCGCGAUGCAUUGUGGGCGCGGCUGAGGAAGUAAAAUGGCGGACCUGGCGAACGAAGAAAAACCUGCCAUUGCCCCACCUGUCUUUGUAUUUCAAAAGGAUAAAGCACAGAAGUCCCCUGCAGAGCAAAAAGCUUUGUCGGAUUCAGGCGAGGACCCCCAGGGAGAGGUUGAGCCCCCCUGCCAUGGUCUGGGUCACACAGAACCAGCUGGUGAGUGCGACUCUGAGCACCCUGCUCCUGCUGUGGCCUCAGUCAGUGCUACCCUGAGUCCUGCUUCUGAAGCCCAGCUUGCUCCUAUUCAACAAGAACUGGCAGGGAGAUCUGCAGAUGGAUCAAGUCCAGAAGAUGGAGAUGAAUCUGAUCGAGAGGAUGGAAGCUACUGUCCACCUGUAAAACGAGAGAGAACUUCAUCUUUGAAUCAGUUCCCUCCUUCUCAGUCAGUAACAAAGAACAAUGUCUUUAUGCCAUCAAGCUUUUGUGAACCCUCUGCAGGCAAUUCUGACUCAGAACCAGAGGAAAAGAGCAGUGGAUUCCGGCUGAAGCCACCAAUACUUAUCCAUGGUCAGGCACCUAGUGCAGGUCUCCCUAGCCAGAAACCAAAGGAACAGCAGCGAAGUGUGCUCCGUCCAGCAGUACUACAGGCACCGCAGCCAAAAGCUUUCUCACAGAUGGUUCUCAGCAGUGGCACCAAUGGUGUAAAUAUCCCUCCAGAUUCUGCAGCCACAUCAGAAUCACCAAGUGAUGCAACAUUGAAAAGUUCAGACUCUGAAGACAAGACAGCAGAAUGUCAGAAAAAGGAGUCCAACAAUACUUCAGAUGAUGACUGCUCUGAGAAGGUUGAGCUAAAUGCACAGCAAGCAUUCGUUUUUGGGCAAAAUUUACGAGAUAGAGUUAAGCUAGGAGAUGAAAGCAAUGAAACUGCCGAUGUGCAGAAUGCUGGCCUUCUGACAUCAGAUAUACCUUCUGCAACAAACUAUUUUCUACAGUACAUCAGUUCCAGUGUAGAGAACUCUACGAACAGUGCAGAUGCAUCUAGCAACAAGUUUGUUUUUGGACAGAACAUGAGUGAGCGAGUCCUAAGCCCACCAAAAUCAAAUGAAGGUAGUACAGAGAGUAAUAAGGAGAAUGCUGCUACAGAGUCUGGGUCUGAAUCGUCUUCUCAGGAGGCCACGCCAGAAAAAGCUAAUAAUAUUUCAGAAUCACUGGCAGAGUCUGCAGCAGCCUAUACUAAAGCAACAGCAAGGAAGUGUUUAUUAGCGAAGGUAGAAGUGAUUACUGGGGAGGAAGCUGAAAGUAACGUGUUACAGAUUCAGUGCAAGCUGUUUGUAUUUGAUAAAAGCUCUCAGUCUUGGGUGGAAAGAGGUCGAGGACUCCUGAGACUCAAUGAUAUGGCCUCAACAGAUGAUGGAACAUUACAGUCUCGGCUGGUGAUGAGGACUCAGGGGAGUCUCAGGUUAAUCUUAAAUACCAAGCUCUGGGCUCAGAUGCAGAUCGAUAAAGCCAGUGAGAAGAGUAUCCGGAUCACCGCCAUGGAUACAGAGGACCAAGGAGUUAAAGUUUUUCUUAUAUCAGCAAGCUCUAAAGAUACAGGGCAGUUGUAUGCUGCAUUGCACCAUCGGAUCUUGGCCUUGCGCAGUAGAGUGGAACAAGAGCAAGAAGUCAAGAAUGCAGCCCCUGAACCAGAGGUAACGCAGUCAAAUGAGGAAGACAGUGAUGAUGAUGAUGUCAUUGCACCUUCAGGAUCAGUUGGAAGUGGUCCUAAUGAUGAAGGUGAUGGGCAGAACGUUGGCAGCACAUAGCAGAUGUGAGCCAAUCUGCUUGCAAGGCUGCUAUGAACACCAUCUUGCAGGCAUCUCUGGAUACCCCAGGCCAGCAAUUCUUUCAGGAGGUUUAGAAAGCUCCAGGACUUAAGAACUGUGCACCUCUGUUCUGUUUGUUUGGGUUUUUGGUCUGGAUCAGUAGAUUCCACACAAAAAAUAGCAGACUUGAAAACUACCUGAAUGUGGUUUGGGACGUUGAAAGCUCAUCAUAUUGAUGAGCAAAAAAAAAAAAAAAUCCAACCCCAAAACAACAUAAACACAAAAUGCAACCACCCCCAACCAUUUCCCCUCUUCCUUGUAAUUAAAAUGGCACAUUACAGUUUGUCACAGCUUUUCAUUGGGACCUUUUGGCUGUUUCUUCAAUAGUUCAUGUCUUGCAGGUCUCCAAGAUAGAACUUUUUGACAUGGUUCCAACUUGAAUUCUGCUUUUAUAACCCCUACUCCCCUUUACGCAGGGAAACCCGGUCCUCACUAGGCUCCUAUGCUCACUGGCUGCCCUUUUGGGUUCAUUUGUUCUUUUUGGACUUUAGAUGGGGCAGGUUAUGUUUUUACCAUUUAAUCCCAGCAUAGGUUGUGGAUGUGGGCACCAUUGUUUGCUGUCUAGUGGGUUUGUAAACAGAAAGAAACAAAACAUUGUGGUUCACCAGAAGAGCUUUUUUAAUGCGAUAAGAGACUUUAAAGUCUGCAGGACGUUUUGCUAACUCCUUUUUUCUUCCCAUUUCAUUAUUAUUUUUUGGGGAUUUAUAUUGUGGUGAGACUUUUUUAUUUUAGUUUUUCAAUAAGAUGCUCUUGUGUGUUAAAAAAGUGAAACUAUUGUUUUGUACUGUUCUUUUCUGUUACUAUUUAAGGGAGAGCUAAGCCACUAUAUAUAAUAGAUGUUGCAUACAAUUUUUCUUAAAAAAUUUUGUUUCUGUGGCUACAGUAAAGUGCAGGAGGCAUACAGGUUACACCUUCAGAAAAGUUAAUGACAAAACAGCUGUUAGCCCUUGGAAGAAUAAAAUAGGCUCAUGUAAUGAGCUCUGCCAGCCAUUAAAAUAAAUCUGUAUAAUAAAGCAGCUCUCAUUUAAUGGCUUGAUUCAACAAGCCAUUUAAGCACUUGCCUGACUUAACUGUAUGUGAAUAAUCUUACUGAAGUCAAUGCAACUCUUCGUGCUUAAAGUUGAGGACUUUUUUUUUAAAUCUUGCUGAAUUAAUGGCCUUAAAUAGAAAAUUUAACUUCUAAACCCUUCCUGUCCCUGUUCCAUUUCCUGAAGUCUUGCAGCAUGAAGAAAAAGGUAAUACUCCCAGCCUUGAGUAGUUUGGGCUGAAGGUUAUUGUAUUCUAUUCCACCACAAAUAAAAGCAAAAAUGUG